AUCUAGUCUUAGACUUAAAUUGAACAGAUCUCAUCUUAAACGUAGAUUGAUCACAUGUCGUCCUAGACUCACAUUGGUCACAUCUAGUCUUAGACUUAGAUUGGUCACAUGUCGUCCUAGACUCACAUUGGUCACAUCUAGUCUUAGACUUAAAUUGGUCAGAACUAGUCUUAACUUAGAUUAGUCACAUCUAGUCUUAGACUUAGAUUGGUCAGGUCUACCCUUAGACUUAGAUUUAUUCAGAUCUAGUCCUAAACUUAGAUUGGUCACAUCCAGUCUUGGACUUAGAUUGAUCCGAUCUAGUUCUAAAUUUAGAUUGGUCACAUCUAGUCUCAGAUUUAGAUCGAUCAGAUCUAUUCUUACAGUUAGAUUGGUCAGAUCUAGUCUUAGACUUAAAUUGGUCAGAUCUCGUCUUAGACUUACAUUGAGCACAUGUCGUCCUAGACUCACAUUGGUCACAUCUAGUUGUAGACUUAGAUUGGUUAGAACUAGUCUAAGACUUAGAUUGGUCAGAUGUAGCCUUAACUUAGAUUAGUCACAUCUCGUCUUAGACUUAGAUUGGUCAGACCUACCCUUUACUAUAACUUGGGACUAUAACUUGUUGGGGUUUUGGCACCAGCUGCUACACUAGAUGUGAUCAAUCCAAGUCUAAGACUAGAUGUGAUCAAUCUAAGUCUAAUAAUAGAUCUGACCAAUCUAAGUCUAAGGGUAUAUCUGACCAAUCUAAGUCUAGAUCUGACCAAUCUAAGUAUUUGGCUAGGUCUGACCAAUCUAAGCCUAAAAUUAGCUGUGACCAAUCUAAGUCCAAGACUAGAUCUGACCAAUCUAAGACUAGAUCUGACCAAUCUAAGUCAAAGACUAGAUCUGACCAGUCUAAGCCUAAAAUUAGCUUUGACCAAUCUAAGUCUAUGACUAGAUCUGACCGAUCUAAGACUAGAGCUGACCAAUCUAGAUCUGACCAGUCAAAGUCUUCAUAUAGAUCUGAGCAAUCUAAGAUGAGUACUGACCAAUCUAAGUCUAUGACUAGGUCUGACCAAUCUAAGCCUAAAAUUAGCUGUGACCAAUCUAAGUCCAAGACUAAAUCUGACCCAUCUAAGACUAGAUCUGCCCAAUCUAAGUAUUUGACUAGGUCUGACCAAUCUAAGCCUAAAAUUAGCUGUGACCAAUCUAAGGCUAGAUCUGACCAAUCUAAGGCUAGAUCUGACCAAUCUAAGUCAAAGACUAGAUCUGACCAGUCCAAGCCUAAAAUUAGCUUUGACCAAUCUAAGUCCAAGACUACACCUGACCAAUCUAAGACUAGAUCUGACCAAUCUAUGUCUUCAACUAGUUUUGACCAAUCUAAGACGAUAUCUGACCAAUCUAAGUCUAUGACUAGAUCUGACCGAUCUAAGACUAGAGCUGACCAAUCUAGAUCUGACCAGUCGAAGUCUUCAUAUAGAUCUGAGCAAUCUAAGAUGAGUUCUGACCAAUCUAAGUCUAUGACUAGGUCUGACCAAUCUAAGCCUAAAAUUAGCUGUGACCAAUCUAAGUCCAAGACUAAAUCUGACCCAUCUAAGACUAGAUCUGCCCAAUCUAAGUAUUUGACUAGGUCUGACCAAUCUAAGCCUAAAAUUAGCUGUGACCAAUCUAAGGCUAGAUCUGACCAAUCUGAGACUAGAUCUGACCAAUCUAAGUCAAAGACUAGAUCUGACCAGUCUAAGCCUAAAAUUAGCUUUGACCAAUCUAAGUCCAAGACUACACCUGACCAAUCUAAGACUAGAUCUGACCAAUCUAUGUCUUCAACUAGUUUUGACCAAUCUAAGACGAUAUCUGACCAAUCUAAGUCUAUGACUAGAUCUGACCGAUCUAAGACUAGAGCUGACCAAUCUAGAUCUGACCAGUCGAAGUCUUCAUAUAGAUCUGAGCAAUCUAAGAUGAGUACUGACCAAUCUAAGUCUAUGACAAGGUCUGACCAAUCUAAGCCUAAAAUUAGCUGUGACCAAUCUAAGUCCAAGACUAAAUCUGACCCAUCUAAGACUAGAUCUGCCCAAUCUAAGUAUUUGACUCGGUCUGACCAAUCUAAGCCUAAAAUUAGCUGUGACCAAUCUAAGGCUAGAUCUGACCAAUCUAAGACUAGAUCUGACCAAUCUAAGUCAAAGACUAGAUCUGACCAGUCUAAGCCUAAAAUUAGCUUUGACCAAUCUAAGUCCAAGACUACACCUGACCAAACUAAGACUAGAUCUGACCAAUCUAUGUCUUCAACUAGUUUUGACCAAUCUAAGACGAUAUCUGACCAAUCUAAGUCUAUGACUAGAUCUGACCGAUCUAAGACUAGAGCUGACCAAUCUAGAUCUGACCAGUCGAAGUCUUCAUAUAGAUCUGAGCAAUCUAAGAUGAGUUCUGACCAAUCUAAGUCUAUGACUAGGUCUGACCAAUCUAAGCCUAAAAUUAGCUGUGACCAAUCUAAGGCUAGAUCUGACCAAUCUAAGUCUAAGAUUAGAUCUGACUAAUCUAAGUCAAAGACUAGAUCUGACCAGUCUAAGUCUAUGACUAGGUCUGACCAAUCUAAGCCUAAAAUUAGCUGUGAGCAAUCUAAGUCCAAGACUAGAUCUGGCCAAUCUAAGUCUAUGACAAGGUCUGA